AUGACAUCUUACCUGCUCCAGGAACAGCCAUGCUGGUAUAACAAGCCUUGCAUUGGCUUGGAUGCCAUCAAUGAUGCCAUGUUGUUGGAAGCCUAUAUCUACCCUGAGAUUGGUCAAAACCUUGAUCUUAUCAUAGUUCCUAAGGGCAAAGUUGAUGUUACAAGAUUCACUGAGCAGAGAUAUAAGACAAUUGUCAAAUACAAGAUGGCUUUCUAUUCCUUCUACUUACUGUUCGCUGCUGCUAUGUUCAUGGCAGGUAUAGAUGGGGAGAAAGAACAUGCCAAUGCCAAGAACAUCCUUCUGGAGAUGGGGGAAUUUUUUCAUAUAGAGGAUGAUUACCUUGACCUUUUUGGUGACCCCAUUGUGACUGGCAAAAUUGGUACUGACACCCAGGACAACACAUGCAGCUGGCUGGUGGUGAAGCACCUUCAGCUGGCAUCAUCUGAGCAAAGAAAGAUGUUGCAGGAGAGUUAUGGACAGAAAGGUCCAGAGAAGGUUGCCAAAGUGAAGGAACUGUAUGAGGAACUUGAAUUGCCUACUUAUUUCACCAAGUUUGAAGAAGAAAGGUACAGUAGACUGAUGCAGCUCAUUGAGAAGCAUUCAUGCCUCCUUUCCCAUCUAUCUUCUUAG